AUUUCCAUGUCAUAAAUUCACAGAGAUCGGAACAUUGUCCAAGACUACCCGUAACAACUCUCGCUCUAAAUUAUCUCUGUGAAGUCGCAUCUUCAAAUUUUCCCACGGAGAGAGCGUAAUAGGUGAGGAAUCGAUGGGUUCCAGGAGCGAAAGAUGCAGAUCCAAAAGACCCAGUUCGUUUCUUGGGUUUCUUCUUUUUCUAGGGUUUCUUUCGAGUUUCUUCAACCAUGUCUCAGCCCUCUCUGUUACAGUCAACGAUGUUGAAUGUGUAUAUGAAUACGUGGUCUAUGAAGGCGACUCAGUUUCAGGGAACUUCGUGGUGGUGGAUCACGAUAUCUUCUGGAGCUCCGAUCACCCUGGAAUUGAUUUCACGGUUACGGCUCCUGCAGGUAAUGUGGUGUACACUUUGAAAGGGACAUCAGGGGAUAAGUUUGGAUUUAAGGCCCCAAGAAGUGGGAUGUACAAAUUCUGCUUUCACAAUUCGUAUUCAACACCUGAGACUGUGUCGUUCUACAUACAUGUGGGUCACAUCCCUAAUGAGCAUGAUCUUGCCAAAGAUGAGCAUUUGAACCCCGUGAACGUGAAAAUUGCGCAGCUUCGUGAGGCAUUGGAGUCUGUUACGGCCGAGCAACGGUACCUGAAAGCACGUGAUGCUCGCCAUCGGCACACAAAUGAGAGCACCCAUAGAAGGCUCAUCUUCUACACUCUUGGAGAGUAUGCGGCUUUGUUGGCAGCAAGUGGUUUGCAAAUCUAUUACAUUCGUCGCCUCUUCAACAAGUCAGUGGCCUACAAUCGAGUCUAAGUAGGGCCCCUUAUGUAUAUCCAUGAGUUGUUUUAAUUUAUCCAAGGGGUUAUUUAUUUGUAGAAUCCACUCUCUUUUCGUUGUUACUAAUAUUAUUAGGAGGGGGAAUAAUACUAAAAAAUAUAAUCAGGAUUUUGUUGUACUGCUGAGUUUACGAAAAUGCUUUGAGUUUUUGAGGGA